GACGUUUCUUAGGUAACCUAUAUGGACAGAGGAUCUCGAUGCUCCCACCUUUAUCACUCUUACCUAUUGUCUAGCUUUCCUCCUCUGGAAGAAUUCUUGAAAAUGGCAAAUUCACAAAAGAGAAAACUACCUUUACAGGGACUCCAGCGUCGUGUUCGGCCUCGACAAGAAGAGGUGCCGGACGAAGAGCUUGACGAGAGCCUCGACGACAACGAUGACCAGACCGAGCCAGACAUGUCGGAUGAUGAUCUAGAGGGGGAGAAUGUCGACGAUGAGGACGAUGAUGAGGACGCGUCAGAGUCCGACGGUCCUCCACCUGCACGAUCCAAGGUGGACCCAUCCUCCAUCUCCUUCGGCGCCCUGGCCAAAGCCCAAGCUUCCAUCCCGCCGUUACGAAAGCGCCAGAAGCGAGCCACCUCCGAGACAAGAAGCGAAGAGGACGGCGACGAAUCCGACUCGGACGACGCGAGACCCAAGACGAGCGGGCCGGGCAAGCGCUCCUCCAAGCACGCGCCUAUGGAAAUGUCCUCCAAACGGCCCGUGUCGCGCAAGCGCGAGGUCAUCGCCGUGCCCAAACUGGAGGCCCGCGACCCGCGCUUCGACCCCCUCAUCAGCGGCGGCGGCGCGGGCUUCAACGAAGCCAAGGCCAAGAAAGCGUACGCGUUCCUCGACGAGUACCGCGACAGCGAGAUGACCACGCUGCGGGCCGAGAUCAAGAAAACCAAGGACCCGGCCGAGAAGGAGAAGAUGAAACGGCUGCUCGGGUCCAUGGAAAACCGGAAGAAGGCGGAGCUGCGCAAGGACGAGGAACGCCGCAUCUUGGAGGAGCACCGGCGGCAGGAGAAGGAGCUCGUCAAACAGGGAAAGAAACCCUUCUACCUCAAGAAGUCGGAGCAGAAGAAGAGGCUGCUGGUGGAGCAGUUCAAGGGCAUGAAGAAGAAGCAGGUCGACCGCGUCAUCGAGAGGAAGAGGAAGAAGGUGGCCGGGAGGGAGAAGAAAGAACUGGAUCAGUUGCAGAGGAGACGUUGAGUUUUUAUUGCUGGAUGCUGUGCGCAUUUUUUUUGUGAAGCGAGCAAAACGUUUUGGAUGCACAGCACAGCACCGGCCCGGACAGGGAUAGGUCUCUUCUGUCUGCAAGGUAGUAGUCUAUUCUAGCGAUAACACUGGUGAUACAUGAUGAUACAUGAUGAUAUACACCAUGGCAGUACAGCGCGUGGCAUAUAGCUGGCUCCCGUGAGCCACUUUAUCAUGGAGACCCCA